UCUUCUCUGCGUCGAGGCUCGUGCGGUUUCCCUCCUGGAGCUCCUCACUUUGUCCACCACUUCAUAGCUAGCUCUGCCUCGUUCCUCCUCCCACCCACUUCCAAAGUUCCAAAACAAUGGCGUUGCCAGGGAUCUGGCUACUUCUCUCCCUCCUCGUCGUGGUGAUGCCGGUCAAAGGCUCCUGCGAGAAGAUCGUGCGCACAGGCACAGGCAACCUGAUCCAGUGCUACGACCCGGCGCCAGCGCUCACCGACGCCACGAACGGCACGGCGUUCAGCGCCCGCCUACACCAGCUCCUCCGCGCGCUCCCCUCCGCCGCCGCGACGACGGGCUUCGCGUCGCUGCACUCCGCCGGCAACGACACUGCGUUCGUCCGCGGGCUCUGCUUCGGCGACGCCACGGUGCCGUCCGACUGCCUCGCGUGCCUGACUGUCGCGGCCACGAACCUCACCUCCGGCUGCGGCAGCACCACACGCCGCGCCGGCAUCUGGACCGACGGGUGCUUCGUCGCCUACGCGGACACCGACGCCUCAUCUCGCAGCGAGGACGCCUUCCGCUCGCGUGUCCUCCUCCAGGGCCACGUCGCCGCCCCUGUCCCUGACACCGACGCGACAAACUACUCCGACUACCAGCUACGACGGCAUGCUUAUGUCGUCGCCAUGGCUAAGCACGGGGCCGUCGAUGCUGCUUCGGACAUCUCGGGGCCUCGGAUGCUGGCCACAGCGGACAAGACCAGCUACGACGGCUGGCCCGUGGUCAUGAGGAGCAGGGUGCGCGUGCUGGCGCAGUGCCCCAGGGACAGUACGGAGGACGAGUGCAUCCUGUGCCUCUACGACUCGGUGCACGCCGUGGACUGGGACGUCGACGCCGCCAGCGGUGACGGCGGCGUUGCAGCUGCGGUGGUGGCCUUCAACUGCUACCUACGGUUCGAGGUCUCCACUUCCCUGCUACCUCAAAAAAAUUUCAGCAGCUUCUUGAUCGACAAGCGCGCGCACAUAGGCAGCUUCCUGACCCAGUGCUACGACCCGGAGCCGGCGCUCACCAACGACACCGAGUUCCGCGCCACCCUGCUCCGCCUCCUCCACGCGCUCCCUUCCGCCGCCGCGCCGACGGGCUUCGCCUCCCUCAAUUCCACCACCGGCCGCGGCGACCGUGCGUUCGUCCGCGGGCUCUGCUUCGACUUCGAGACGCCGGCGCCGUCCGACUGCCUCAGGUGCCUCACCGUCGCGGCCAGGAACCUAACCUCAGGCUGCGGCGCCACCACCCGCCGCGCCGGCGUCUGGACCGACGGAUGCUUCGUCGCCUACGCGGACACCGACGACUCCUCGUCCAGCGAGGACGACUUCCGCUCGCGUGUCCUCCUCCGGGGCCACGUCGCCGUCCCUGUCCCCGUCGGUGGCCUGGCAUACUACCCCGGCGACGUGCACGCUAAGGUCGUAGUCUCGGCUCAGCUCCGGGCUAAGAUUGCGGUUUUGGACAUCAAGGGGCCGCGGUUGCUGGUCACCGCGGACGAGACCUGCGACGACGGCUGGCCCGUGACCGUGACGAGCACCGUGCGCGUCCUCGCGCAGUGCCCCAGGGAUCGUCCGGAGGUCGACUGCAGCCUUUGCCUGUACGAGUCGGCGCAGGCCAUGGACUGGGACCUCGACGCCACCCGCGGUGACGGCGGCGUUGCAGCUGCGGUGGUCGGAUUCAAUUGCUACCUGCGGUUCGAAGUCUCCACUUCCGUGCCGCCUCAUUCUGACAGUGUCGCCGUUUCUGCCGGAGGCUUUGUCGCAGCAGUUGCACUAUCUGUUUCUUCGCUGUUAAUUCUAGGGACCUGGGGAUGAGAGCUCAAAGUCUAUUACCUCUCCAUGCAUGUGAUGAGAUGAGAUCAGAGCAAGCAGCAACAAACUCAAGGCCGGCAACAAGACGUGCAACCGAGAGAGGGUGCAUAUGUUAGAAGUCCUAAUUAGCGCUCAAUCUGCAUCUAUGUAUGUCUUCAAUCGUCUCUUUUUUCCUUUUCAAUUCCCUGGUUACUGUUUGUAGCCAGUGUGUGGUCAACCAGUGAGGGCACGCGUCCUUCUAUUUAGUUAUGUUUUAGUUAUGCACUGCAUGUCGUAAGCUGUCAGCGUGUAUGCAUGCCAACCAGAUUUUAGAUCUCUGAACCUUUCAAGUGGUAACUCACGGAGAGCUGUACAAAUUAUUGGUUUGAUCAACGGAAUCCAUCUCUGGGAUCUGAUAGCCAGCUA